ACCCUCACAUCUCUGCAGAACGCGGUCACCUCGGAUCCGGACAGCAGCGUGGCCGAUUCGACCAUCUUCCAAACUGCCUUCAGCACCUGGUUAAGAUGCAACGGCAUCGUUCCCUCAGUCUCCUACGACCCGAUCCCAGGUGGCGCCGCUGCACCGGAGGACAUGAGGCAAACCCCCAUCAUCCUCUGCAACCAUACAUGCUACCUGGACGGCAUGGUGCUGGCAUCGGUCUUCCAUGCACCGAAGAUCAUCGCCAAGAAGGGCACCCUGAAUGUGCCCUUGAUCGGGGCCUUCGCAGCUGACCUCGGUGUGAUCGAGGUGGACCGGAGCGAUCCCAAGUCCCGCGCAGCCACCAUCCAGGCUAUCGAAGACCAUGUGACCUCCUGGAAGUCCGGCAAGCAACCACUGCUGCUGUUUCCAGAGGGCACCACCAGCAACGGGCAACAUCUUCUUGAGUUCAAGAAGGGGGCCUUCGUCCCUGGCGUUACUGUGCGGCCCGCAGUCCUGUACUACAGCGGAUCCUGGGACCCCGCAAAUGUCUACUACAGACAAAGCGACGACGGCAAGAUUCAGGCGAUCGGAGACACCGAGUGGGCCGAGCAGUUCCUGGGACACAUGAUGCACUCAGUGCGCAUCCGGGUGCUGCCACCCUACAAGCCUUCGCAGGCGGAGAAGCAGGAUGCGCAGCUUUUCGCCAACAAUGUUCGGGAGGUGAUGUCCAAGGCCCACGGGGAGCUUCGGUCAGAGGUGGCUGAGAACAGGGCCGAAUCGGAGCGCCGGUCUCUUCAGGCGUAUGCCCACCGAGGCGUCGAGGCUGUUGAGGAUGUGCUGCGCUACACCGUUGGCGGGGGCUUUCUUCGGGAGCGAUCGUCGACAGCCGGUUCAGGCAGCAGCGAGCGCCAGGAAUUCCAGAGGACAGCGCGGAUGUCGACCACCCCAAGUGGCUAUGCCGGGCGCGCCAGCAGCCGCCGAUCGAAGAAGACGCCGCCGAAGCCAAAUCCGCCGGUGAAGAAAACUGCCGAGCCCGAAGCCUAG